AUGCUGGUUACCUAUUUGGAAGCCAGCCGGGACCUUUGCGAGACGGACUCAAUUCUUUUUGGCGCCGCACUGGCAGUCUGCCGUAUUAUAGGCGCCAAACUUUCCACGGCUGGACGCGCUACUGGACAAAGUAGUGCUAUCCCAGCCUGGAGAAUAAGAAUUGAAGAACGUAUCGCAAAGGCUAGGGCCCUCAUCGGCAGACUGAUAUGCUUCAGGUCAGGCAAUACCAGGCCAAGGAUUGUGCGCACCGUCAGGAUAGCGUUUGCUGGGACAAAUGUUAGUUUGUCCCAGCCGGAUAUAAUGCAAAAACUGACGGAGCGCAUAGACGACCUGAAGCAAAGAAUCGCUGCUUGGGGAAAGCGGAUUCGGCGAUAUACCGAGAGGUCGACACAGUUCAACCAGAAUCGUCUCUUCCAGAGUGAUCAGAAGAGGCUCUACAAAUCAUUGGAGCGACCAAUAGUAAGUGGAACGGGCCCAGCACCAAAUCAGGCCGACACGGUCGCAUUCUGGCACAGCCUGUGGUCAGAGCCCGUAAACCACAACGAGGGCCUUUGGACGGAAGUUGUGGCGAGUCAGUGUGUGGGUAUUACGCCCAUGGACCCCGUCAUCAUAAAGCCGGAUGACGUAGCUGAGGCGGUCCGUAGGGCCCCGAACUGGAAAAGUCCGGGGCUUGACGGGCUGCAUCACUACUGGCUGAAGGGGUUCAUGGUGUGUCACGCUGUGCUCGCUCGACAGUUUCAAGAGGCUCUCAACCAGAAGUCGCUCCCAAGCCUCUUCACUACUGGGAUCACUCAUUUGGUUCCUAAAGAUCAGGGUGCCACAGACCCGAGCAAAUACCGCCCCAUCACGAACCAAAUGAGUGAUCCCAGUAGUGAAGAGGCUAGGGAGCGACUUCUGGUUGAGAGCCUCUUGAAACUGACGGGCGAGCACAGCGUGACACACCAUGAACCCCUUCAGCCAGUAGUGAUGCAGUCCGUCGAGUCCCGGACUUUUCCAGUUCGGGGCUCUACGGACCACCUCAGCUACGUCAUCCGGCGUUAUGAUGACGGGGUGACACUGACUCGCCACAACUUCCGUCCAAGGGCCCUCGCUGUGGUUUACGGGCUCUGA